AUCGCGCGGCUUGUUGCCCGUUGCUCUCAUAAAUAUACCGACUUCUCCUCUGCGUUCGCUAACGUGUCGGAGACGGACGAGGAACGUUAUUUGCAGGUUUCACAGCAUCUACAGAGCCAUGUCCGGUCUAAGUGGAAAAGUCCAGACAGUGCUGGGCCUGGUGGAUCCGAGCCAGCUGGGUCGCACCCUGACCCAUGAGCACCUGACCAUGAACUACGACUGCUGCUUCUGCCCUGUGUCUCCAGGGGAAGAGGCCAUGACAACUGCACCCAUGGAAAUGAAGAACGUGCACUGGAUCCAGCAGAACCCAUACAGCCAUCGGGAGAACCUGGUGCUAUCCCAGGAGACGGAGGCCGUGCGGGAGGAGCUGCUGGCCUUCAAAAAGGCUGGUGGGGGUACCAUAGUGGAGAACACCACUACAGGUAUUGCUCGGAAUCUGCCCGUGUUGCGGCAGCUGGCCAAAGAAACAGAGGUGCACAUCGUGGCAGGGGCGGGAUACUACUUGGAUGUCACUCACUCGGCAGACAUGAGGAAGAUGACGGUAGAGAAGCUCACUGAUGUUAUAGUGAAUGAGGUGCUGCAUGGGGCGGAUGGCACUGAUAUUCGCUGUGGCGUGAUUGGGGAGAUCGGAACCAGCUGGCCAAUCACAGACAGUGAGAAAAAGGUCCUUUGCGCAGCUGCCCAUGCCCAGACUCAGCUGGGCUGUCCUGUCAUCAUCCACCCGGGUCGGAACAGCGCUGCCCCCAAAGAGAUCGUCCGUAUCUUGCAGGAGGCUGGAGGAGAUGUCUCCAAAACUGUCAUGUCUCAUAUAGACAGGACAAUAUAUGAUCCCACUGAGCUGCUGGAGUUUGCAAAACUGGGAAGCUACAUUGAAUAUGACCUCUUUGGCGUGGAAAUGCUGAACUAUGCCUUCAACACAAGUGUAGACAUGCCGAGUGACAGCCAGAGGGUUCAAGCGCUGGCGUACCUGAUCAAAGAGGGCUAUGAGGACAAGCUCGUCAUCGCUCACGACGUCCACACCAAGAACCGUCUGACCAAGUACGGUGGCCAUGGCUACUCCCACAUCCUAAAGAACAUUGUGCCAAAAAUGCUUUCUCGGGGCAUUACCCAAAACCAGGUGGACAAAAUACUGAUUGACAACCCUAAAAAAUGGUUAACCUUUAAAUAGACAUAACAACACCUGAAUGGAUCAUAAAUUAGCUAGACCAAAGACUCUGUGACCAGGAACCGGAACUGUUAAGUGCUUUAAGGCCCAGCACAGUUUUUUGGAACAUAUUUCAAUAAUAUAUAUUUCCAUAGACUCGGUGUCCAUUAAGUGUCAGAUUUUACAGUUGUAGUUAACUUACUCCAUCAGCUUGUUGGCCAGGCAUUUCUGAAUAAUUUAGCCAGUAGGAGUAAUAUAUAUCUAGUAACAAAAUUAAUAAUAAAAUAAUAUGAACACUAUUUUUAAUCUGUAACAUCGUACGUGCAAUCAGUACAACAGUAGUUUAUGACUUUCUUUGUUGUUAAUUGAAGGUUCGUUGCUGAUUAUGAGCCAAAGACAUGUUCUCUUCCAUGUUACCUGCAGGAACAGCAAGUGUCAGAAAAGCUGUUUCUUUCAGCUUGACUCAGCUGGCCGAUCCCAAGUUGUGCUGAGCUCAGUUUUUAAAUAAGUCUGCAGUAAAAGGCUCACUACACACUCUCGUACAUGAACCCUAGAGAGAAAUUUGGGCCAUGUUAUUUGGAUCUGAAUGCAGAGAGUGACCAUACUCCCUCUUACACCCGGAACCUGUAUAUGAAAACGUGCACCAUUUAGUACUAGUUGUGUGUGGACUGUGGGAGAGUGAGUUGAUUUCAUAGAUAAUGAACAUACAAUAAGUUAGUCUGUAAUUUGCUGUAGCCUAAUUGGUGUAACGCAUGACAUCAAAGUUUACACCAAAUAAAGUGUAAUUCCAAAACAGUGGGAGUUAGUUUAGGCCAUGGCUGCUCAAUCCUGGUCUAGUAGAUCUUCCACCCUGGAGAGUUCAAAUCCAACACACCUGGCUCUAAUAUUCAGAUGCUCCUAAAGGCCUUCAUUAACUGGAUCAGGAGUGGAACUAAGCUGUGCAGGGUGGUGGAUCUCCAGAACCAGGAUUGGACACCCUUUGUUUAGGGACUCCCUAGCACAGUAAAUGAUGUGCUGUAUAGUCAGACUCUCAGGUAAUGCAAUGUUGUGAGUAAGAAAGGUAAAAUACUGUGCUGGGCCUUUAAUUAAAAUGAACUGCUUGUGAUAUUAGUAAAAUGUCUCUGUGUUAGCAAUGUUGUAUAUUACUGUUUGAUUUAUGCAACUGAAAGCUGUGAAUGAAGAUUCAUCUUUGGCAACAAAUCAUGGGGACCCAUAAAUUCAAUAAGCCCAAAAAUAUCACCUUGGCAACACCAUAGACAUUAUUAAACGGAAAGAAAUCAAAAGCAGGGUAAGAUUUAUGACUUUUUGUAUAAUUCCAUGAGGAUAAGCCUUGAUUUGAUUAAUUUGCAGCCUCCAUUCAAUAAAACAAGGACGUUUUAGUCAAAUUUGGGACUUACUGAUUUUCAAAUAGGCACAAAGAUGAAUGAGACAUCCUUUGAUUCCACAUAAAUGCCUUCAGAUAAUCCUCUUUGCUCAGUGGGGCCUCAAAUAAGGGCUAUUCAAAUCAAUGCGAUGUUUAGACUUUAACAAAGUGUAAUUUGUCAUUCUUGCAUACAAGGACGAAAGCCUAAUUAAAAAUGCAGCCUAACAAUAGCAAUAACUGUGCAUACUAACUGCAGGGAAAUAAACGGUGCUCAUCAUUUUCAAAGUCAA